UGACAAUGUGGCCCAUAACAGUCGAGCAUUUCCAUUUUUAGCGCUCUGUGGCUGUGGCUUGUUGAAGAAGCGUUUGAAGAAAGUGGAAGAGAGAGAUGGAGAAGGAGAAGGAGAAGAGCGAAAAAAGCAUUUGUUCAGGCGAUAUUGAUCACACUGAAACGCCUCGCCCAUGGCAGUCUUUUCAUACUGUUUACACCAACGCAAAAGCAGGUAUGGAUGGAGUGGACAAGGAGAAAGUGCAAAGAAUAGUGUAUGACAUGAGCAAAGGCUCUAAGUAUUUCGAGAACGAGGAACGGAAGGAGGCCUUUAUGAGGCAGAAAAUUGACAACAUGCGUGCUCAGUGCGCAAAGCUCACGCCAACUGCUAUAUCUCAGUAUCAGAAGGUGGCAGAUAGAAGAAUAUUAGAACUAGAAACUAAACGUGACUUGUCAAGAAUUUGGCUGCACGUAGAUAUGGAUGCUUUUUAUGCAGCUGUUGAAACAUUAAGUAACCCAUCCUUGAAGGGCAAGCCAAUGGCUGUUGGUGGCAUGUCUAUGAUUUCUACGGCUAAUUAUGAGGCACGGAAAUUUGGUGUUCGUGCUGCAAUGCCCGGUUUCAUUGCACGUAAACUAUGUCCUGAGUUAAUUUUUGUUCCCGUAGAUUUUAAGAAAUAUACUUAUUGCAGUGAUUUAACUAGAAAAGUUUUCCAGAAGUAUGAUCCCAAUUUUAUGGCUGCUAGUUUGGAUGAAGCAUACCUUGAUAUAACUGAUGUCUGCAAAGAGAGGAGCAUGACCAGUGGAGAAAUUGCUAAAGAACUUAGAACCACCGUUUUUGAGGAGACUGGUCUUACAUGUAGUGCUGGAGUGGGAUCAAACCGCUUGCUUGCUAAGGUUUGCUCAGAUAUAAACAAGCCAAAUGGACAAUUUGUCUUACCAAAUGAUCGGAUGGCUGUCAUGACAUUUAUAUCCUCACUUCCCAUACGGAAGAUUGGGGGCAUCGGUAAGGUCACUGAACAUAUUUUAAGGGAUGUUUUAGGAAUAAAUACAUGUGAGGAUAUGCUUCAAAAAGGUGGUCUCCUCUGUGCACUGUUUUCUCGUUCUGCAGCAGAUUUUUUCCUCUCUGUGGGACUGGGGCUUGGGCAAACUGAGAUUCCUCAAGUCAGGUCACGGAAAAGUAUCAGUAAUGAGAGAACAUUUUCAUCCACAGAGGAUGAGGCAUCAUUUUAUCAGAAAUUAGCUGAUCUUGCAAAGAUGCUAUCUGUGGACAUGCAGAAAGAAGGUCUUUCUGGGCGAACAUUGACUCUAAAAUUGAAAACAACUACUUUUGAGGUUAGGACCAGAGCUGUGACUUUGCAAAAGUAUAUUUGCUCAAGCGAGGAUAUUUUGAAAUAUGCAUCAAAGCUGCUAAAGGCUGAACUUCCAGUCUCUUUAAGACUGAUAGGCUUGCGAUUGUCCCAGUUCAAUGCAGACAAGGUUGUUGCUCCUGCUGAUCCUACACAAAAAACUCUCACCAAUUUUUUGAUAUCUGGAGAUGCGUCUAGGGAAAGUAUGGUUGAUAGUAGUUCCAUGGGCUCAAUUGUUGAUCACCACUUCAUGAAUGAUACAGAAACUGGUUUUUCUAUGGGUAGCCAUGAGGCCUGUAGUUAUGGUGGUAGGGAUUUAUUGGACAGCAGCCACUUUCCAGAUCUGGAAGAUGAUAAUUGUGCUAUUGGCAACAAUGAUGGAGAAAUGCUGAAAUUUCAUGAGCCUUUGAAUGAUGAAAAUGGAAACAAGGUGAAUACCCCAGAACGAAAAUCUUAUCAAAAUGCAGUGUCUGAGUUGAAAGCAGAUUCUUCUUCUGUGCCAUUUGCAUUUCGUAGCCUAGAUGAAGAGAACAAGAGGGCUAACUUGCCGGAUGAUGAUACAGUCUCUUCAUCCAAUCAGGGAGAGCUACUUCUGUGGGUAAAUGAUUACAAGUGUUCACUAUGUGGGAUUGAAUUACCACCUUGUUUUGUUGAGGAAAGGCAAGAGCACUUUGAUUUUCAUCUUGCUGAGAGACUUCAGAAGGAGGAAUCUCACUGUGACACAAGAAUGCUGAGACACAGGCUUUCCCCAAAGGAUAACAUCGCAAGCCAAAGAAAACGAAAAAAGCAGAGGGCUUCUCCAAAAGAUAAGGGACAUAUUCCAAUAGAUCUAUUUUUUGUUAGGAGUAGUCAGAAUUUUUAGCAUCGUAAUCUAUAUGUUGUUGUCCGUAAAUAGUUUUCUAUGCUAUAGCGAAAAUCCAGUGUAUUAGUGAUUAAUUCUUCUAUUCAUUUAUUGCAACAUGUGCAAUAUACUUAUUUCAGCCGUGUGUCACAAUAUGUACAGAUUUCAGCUCUGAUAAUAAAAAUCUCUGGUCUUCCAUACA